AUGGGUCACUCUCAGGAGCUCAGUGAAUUCAAGCAUGGUACCACGAUAGUUUGCCACCUGUGCAUUAAGUCCAUCCAUGAAAUUUCCUUGCUACUAAAUAUUCCACGGUCAACUGUUAGUGGUAUUAUAACAAAGUGGGAACUGGGAACAACAACAACUCAGCCAUGAAGUGGUAGGCCACGUAAAAUAAGAGAGCAGGGUCAGAGCAUGUUGAAUCACAGUGUGCAGUCAAUAGCUUAAGACUUCCAAACUUCAUCAUGCCAAGACAUUUUGGACAAUUUCAUGCUGCCAACUUUGUGGGAACAGUUUAGGGAUGGCCCCUUC